CAGAGUUUAAAAAAUGAACAUCAAUAGUCGGAGAAUUUUUAACUUAAUUAUAUUGUUAUCGAUUUCAGUUCAUGAAAUUCAAUGUCAAUGCACAAUCGACAUCCGUACAGAUCUUAAUAGAUCUUCAAGUAAUAUUCGUGAGCCAGUUAUCUUGAAAUACUCUGGAGAUCAAUACAAAUUGAUGGUCCCAGAUGAUGGUGAAUUGAAAUUCAAGAAAGGCGAAACAGCUUUAAUAGCUUGUACAUCCGAGGCGAGACCCAAUUCCCUGACAUUUAACAAUAAACAAAGUGCAACGAUCAUUUGUUCAUCAGGAAAUAAAUUCAACAUAAACAAUCAACAAUAUACAGUUUCGGAAUUCAACGAAUGUAGUGCAUCAAUUACUGGAAAUGUUUUAAAUAGGAAUCGAAAAUGUGGCAGCGAUGGUGCAUUCAUAAACAUUGGAUUUCAAUUGACCGACGGUCGAGGUUUUGUUAAUCUUAUUGAUAUUUGUUAUGCAAAAAAGAGAGCAUCAGCGAUUUAUUCAGCACAUGUCGUACAGGGAAAUUCAAUUAAGAAUUCAAUGAAAUCAAGUCAACGUCCAUCAACAUUCAAAACAGUUGAAGUUCCAACAAAUAUUCAAGUUGCAAGCUCAUUCACAAAAGCAAGUCAAAUGAAAAGAUUCACUGAUAUUUUUGGAAGUGCUGAAAAAGCAUCAGAGUAUCUAGACAAGACAUUUUUGGCACGUGGGCAUCUAGCACCUGACGGUGACAUGAUUUUUGUGUCAUGGCAAUGGAGCACUUACUAUUACAUUAAUGUCGUGCCUCAAUGGCAGUCUAUAAAUAAUGGAAAUUGGAAGCACAUCGAAAGUGUCGUAAGGUCAAAGGCUGCUCAAUUGAAAUACGAUUUGGUUGUCUUUACAGGCGGAUUUGAUGUUCUCAAGCUUAACAAUAAGAAAAUUACUCUCGCAUCGGAUGGACUUGAAGUGCCAAAAUGGUCAUGGAAAGUCGUUUUGGAUUCACAAAAUAAAAAUGGAAUUGCUUUCGCUACUUACAACAAUCCAUUUGCUACCAAUGUGAAUAAUUUAUGUAAUGACAUUUGCGAUGAGAAUGGAUGGAAUUGGAAAGAGAGAAAAAAUUACUCAAAGGGAUAUACAAUUUGCUGCGAUGUUGGUGACAUUAUGAGAAUUGUAAGCGAUAUCCCACCUGAAGCUAAAAGUAAUGGCAUUUUACAAAAGUAAAUUUAUUAUUUAAAUGUUGAAAUGUAAACUUUUUUCCUUGUUCAUAGAGGAAAUUGUCGUGAAUUAAUAAAUAGAUGACUUUUUGUGAUCAG